AUGGAGUUCAUCGUCGGGACGGUCCUGGCUGGCGUCCCCAUUGUGCUUGAGGCCUACGAUCGCUACUGGGACCUCUCAAAAGGCUUCACCACCUUCCGCCAUUAUUCAAAAGAACUGGUCAAAUUGGAUACAAUUCUCAAUACGCAAAAGACCCUUUUCAGGGGAAACAUCACAAAACUCCUCACAGCGAUUACAAACGAUCCAGAAAGGGCACGCGGGUUGCUCUCCGAAAGGAGCAAGGAAACAUGGGAGACGUUGAAGCUUGAAACGAUCAACAGCGAACAGCGCCUCGAGUCACUCAGAGACACAUUUACAUCCUGGAAGGCCACUCUUGAUCAGGUUCUCUUGUCCGUCACGGCGAUAUGUUUCGAGGUGGAGAGCUUUCGAAUAACGAACGUGGUGCCCGUUGACUCACUCCCCUCAAGAGAUAGUCUGAAGCAACUGCGGAAGCGAUUCCGACUGUGUUGGAGGAAGGGAGAGGUUCAGGAUUCAAUCAAGGAGUUGCGGGACUUUACAGCUGACUUUAACGAAUUGACGGCUCGGAUCAUCAGCGAGCUCAAGGAACUACAGAUGACACCCACUAAGGAGCCUACCAUACAACGAAGAGCAAGUCCGUCUGGGAACCUUGACAAGUAUCGGCAAAUUCAGUCAGCAUCCCUUAGACUAUACAACACCUUUGCUCAGAGAUGGUGUUGCACAACACAUCCUAGACACGCCGCAAGCAUCUCUCUUAUUGAUCUCGACAAGUCCGGGAAGUCGAAGGUCGCAGAGAACAGUAUAAAAUUCGAGGUUGCCAUUGCUAGCGAAGCUGGGUCUGCUAAAGCAGCCGACUCACUAAUCUGGCUAGAGGUGGAAACAGUUGACACACAAACUUCAAAGACUGGCAGGCCGACACAAUCUGGAACGAGUGAGAAAAACGACUGGGAACAUACGAUACAAAAGAUAACGGGGCAUGCUCAUCAAGCAUGUCCUAAGCCAUCUCAAAGCCCUGAUGCCGAGAGUUCGGCCAACAGCAGCCAGACAAGCAACUCGGAUUCCAUCAUCGAUCUUGCAAUGAUUGAAGACCUCUGUCGGCACUUUCAGAUCCCAAGACCGAUAUGCUCAUCAAACUGUGUCGGUUACAUCACAUACGCCGGGCUUCAUCACUUCUAUCUCCCGCCUCCAGAACGGCAUCCAUCAGGGCAACAGACAUCCCUGGCAGAAAUCAUCACCUGGAUAUCUGAGGACGAGUUUACUCGUAGUCUUCCAAGAACCACCAUGGCCCAUCUUGCCAGCUCACUGGCUGCUGCUGUCUUGCAAUAUCACUCUACACCCUGGCUGCCAAAGACUUGGGAGAGUAGACAGGUGCUCUUUCGUGGAUCUGGGAACCUACUGGAGGACGCCAGCUCUGUCUCCUCAACAAGUCCAUACUUUCGGGUCGGCUUCUCUACAGGCCCUGAAACCACACCCCAAGCCAAUACCCAAAUCUUCCCAACACCGACACCCUCUUCACUCGCCCGCAACGCGAUUCUCUUUCGCCUGGGCAUAAUCCUCCUCGAGCUGGGAUACAGUCAACCAUGGCCACAUCUCCAAAAUCGGUCGCUGUCAAUACUCCCUCCUCAGAGGCAAACUGACUAUGAUGCCGCCGAGAAGCUGGCUCAGGCACCGCUCUUGCGAAAUCGCAUGGGGCCCAGGUUCUCAACCAUUGUACGCAAGUGUCUAGGCUGUGACUUUGGGUUAGGGGAGAGUGAUCUCGCUAGUGAAGAGUUGCAGGGAACCUUCCUUGUGGAUGUGGUUGAGGCGUUACAAGAGACUGAACGACGCUUGAGACAAUUCGAACAGCGGCUGGGGAGUGGAUUUCGCGAGUAG